CCUCCUCCUUCACUGCCUGAGCUGUGCUGCGCUAAGAAUAUGGAGAUUAUGCAACUGAGUUGAUGGUUUUUGAUGAGAAAAGGUAGUUGGCAAAACUGAUUCACAAAAAGGUAUUCUUUACUUCUCUCUAUAUCCUGACAAGAUUGGCAAAGAAGCAAGCUCGUCAUACACAUCACAAUCAUAUCCAUAUAUGCACCUCCUUUGAAGCGCUUUCAAAGCGGCGAGAAAAAGAAAAGGUAUUUCAACAAAUAAAUCGCCCGCCCUACUACUCGACCAAUUUACGUCUUCCGCUUCAAAGAGACAAGAGAACGAUCCAUGCUACUAUCUGUCAGAACAAUCGAUCAAUGCUACGCUGAGGUCGAUAAAAGAUCGCCCUGAAGCCAAGAUGGCAAUUCAACGUAGAAGGGUGAUCCAAUCAUCAGAGAGCGAAUUCGAUCCCAAUAGCGAUGACGAGGAAAGCGUUGUGAAUGAGUUAGUCAAUGCGAAUGGCAACGGAAGUACGUCAUCUACAUCUACCUAUUCACCCCCCAAAGCAAGACGAUCGAAAAAGGCUUCAACAUCCGCCAAUAGCAUAGCCUCGACAUCCAACACACCACACAGAUCCAAAAACAUCACACCAAAUGGCAGCUCGUCAAUAGCAUCUUUCAUCGGCCCAGCACAUAAGCCAGACGUCCUUUGUGCAUUCUGUCAAGGGACUGUCCAAAACAACUUCAAGACUGGUCUACCGGAAGUGCUGAUCAGUUGCGUAGAAUGCGGAAGUAGUGGUCAUCCCAGUUGUAUGAAGUGGGGAAGAAAUCAACGCAAAACAGCUGUUGCCCAGGAGUACAAUUGGCGAUGCAUGGAAUGUAAGACGUGCGAGAUCUGUUGUGAAAAGGGAGAUGAUUCUGCCAUCAUGUUUUGCGAUCGAUGUGAUCGAGGAUGGCACCUUUACUGUUUAAAUCCUCCUCUAGAAAAACCACCAAAAGGUAUAUGGUCUUGUCCAACUUGUCUACACCUUGGCAAUUACGUCAAACAAGCGUUGCAGACAAACAAACGCAAGAAAAACGGUAUUUUUCUUAACGGACGUCAGCAUAUACCCAGGCAAGCUUCGCCUCUCGCUUCUUCAUUUGGAGCGUGGGAAGCUGGAGCAAAUAUCGGCAGUGCCUCUUUGCAAGGUAAGAAGAGUGCUGCUAAAUUCAAAGGUCCAAUGCGUGCCAGCUCGCCUUUGCCGAUGGAUCUUUCAGACGACAAUGACGAUUUACCUUCACCUCAGACGAUGGGUCAGGCUAGACAACAACUUCGACCUGGAUCCUCUCUGAUGGGAAAAGGAAGAAGGAUACGAAAACCGACAGAUCCAGAUCGAUCUUACGAGUUGAGUGCGAGUCCAUCAGCAUCUAGACUUGCGGACGUGCAUGAGGAACAUCGUAUCAAAUCUGUAGGAAGACCAAAGAAGCAGAAGAAUCUGCCUCAGGAACAAGCAAAUCACUCUAUGGUAGUGCGUCUGAAAAUUAGCGCAAGGAAUCGAUUAGGCGGAAGUGGUCGUGGAUUGGGCAAAGGCGUAACAGACAGAUCAAGAUCCGCACGUCCAUCCUCACUUGCCAUUCCAGAUCCUUUUCCCAAUGAUGAAGAAGAUUACGAAAUGGCUUCUACAGAUUCGUCUAUUCCAACACCACGAGCUAUGUCUCCACUUGAUGAAGAAGCAGAAGAGGAAGAGAAUUCUGAAGAAGAGGAUCCUUUCGGUGGUGUUUUGUCAAUGCAAGAUGCGGAUACGACAAAGACUGCGCCGCAACAAGAGGAUAGGCAGCGGUUUGAACAAAGCAGAGUCUCGGCGGAGACCAAAUUAGGAGGUGCUGUAUCUAGUCUUGCAAGCUCUACGAAUGCUAGACAGAGUAAAAAGAUUGGAGCGAUCAUGCAUGGAAAUGGCAUCAAUGCAAAUGCAAACGGCUACUUUGCUGGAACUUCAUGGGCGGGCACGGGCACAGGCGGUGAUAAGGUAGUACGCAAGAGCGCAAAAGGACCUCAAAGUGUAGCACCAUCGACAGAGCCUUCCACUCCUUCGACACCGAUCACAUCAACUGCAACGGGCGCUGAAACAGGCAAAGCUAUGCCAAUCAAAUGCAUUCGUUUCGCACAGUACGAUGUCGAUACAUGGUAUCAAGCUCCUUAUCCCGAAGAAUACAGUAUGGUUCCUGAUGGUCGUCUUUGGAUUUGUGAGCAUUGCUUCAAGUAUAUGAAAAGCAGAUUUAUGGCAAUGCGACAUAGGAUGAAAUGCAAGAUGCGACAUCCACCCGGAGCUGAAAUCUAUCGUGAUGGAAAUGUCUCAGUCUUUGAAGUGGACGGAAGGAAGAACAAAAUUUACUGUCAAAAUCUAUGCUUGCUCGCAAAGAUGUUCUUGGAUCAUAAGACGCUUUACUAUGAUGUUGAACCUUUCUUGUUCUACAUCUGUUGUGAAGUUGAUCAGCUUGGCGCUCACUUUGUCGGUUAUUUCUCGAAAGAGAAACGUAGUCCGCUGAACUACAACUUGAGCUGUAUCAUGACCCUUCCUAUUCGUCAAAGAAGAGGUUGGGGAAACUUUUUGAUCGAUUUGAGCUACCUUCUCUCUAAGAAGGAGAACAAGACGGGAUCCCCUGAAAAGCCGUUAUCAGAUUUGGGUUUGCUGAGUUAUCGAAACUACUGGACGCUAGCCGUGUUCUAUUAUUUACGCUCUGGCCCCGAUCAUGUGUCGCUGGAAGAUAUCAGUAAAGCUACUUCAAUGACAUUGGAGGAUGUUUAUUACGUAUUACGCGAACAAGAUAUGAUCACAAUAAAUGAUGGUCAAUCUGGUCGAAUUCGAGCACCAGCAACGUCCAAGUAUAAAUCACGAGAAGGUGGUGUUUCAAGUAGCAGACCGGUCCGUAGUGGUAUUUCAUCUUCAACGAUUUCCGAGAAAGAUAAAGAAAGUUCAUUGGCCAUCCCGACGGAUUAUAGUAUUCACUUUGACCGUGAUUAUGUGAUUGCACAUAUCAAGAAUUACGAAGCAAAGGGAAAUAUGAAGAUCAAACCGGAGAAUCUGCAUUGGGCACCCUUCCUUUUCGUUCGUUCGUUGAGUCAACCUGAUGAUUUGCUAGGUAAAGUUGUUGAAGCUGCUGGUGAAAGUCAAGUCGAUCAACCACAAGCAGAAUUGCAGAACGGGGUGGAGCAAGAAGUGGUGCAAGAACAGCAGGAGGAUGUAGAUGGCAACAAUAAUUAUGACGCAGGAGAAUCAGGCAGAGUUCUUCUACAUGAUCCUAACCAGCCUGACGUUGUCUUACCUGCAAGCGCAGAAUUGAUCGAGAAUGAAGCUCGAAGUGCUGACUGGUCAGCAGUGAAUGGCAACAAUGAGAAUGAUGCCUCUGCCUCUUCUCCAAUGUCAACGCCUCCAUCAAGAGGAUUCAAACGCAAGAAUGACAUGAUCAGAGGUAGUGAGACUUCAGCCGAACCUUUACAAGAAGAAGAAAGACCUGAAAAGAAGACACCGAGGAGAAUGAAUGGAAAUGCUGCAGCCACACCAGCAAAAGACGAUAUUCAAAUGAUUGAUACCAGUCCAAAAGCUGAGAGAAAAACACGGUCAUCUUUUGAAUCUCCAAAGGCAGAACGUAUUUUGCGACGUAAACAGGUUACAGCUGUGAAUCCGAGAUAUUGAAGAAGGAGGUUUCUAAACAUUCCCAUCAACACAUGUAAAUCUCUUUUGUAAAUUAAUCUCUCACCAAUGUAGAAAACACAGAAUUAUACACUUUGUACAAAAGAUGAUUUCCAGAUCAUAACAAUACCAAGGAAAUCCUU